GAAGCUCCCGGCUAGCUGACAGAGCUAAGGCUUGCUUGAUCGCUGCAGCCGGGGAGUUGCUGUUCUGCGGCUUGGGUGACUUCAGAAGGCCCGACCCCGGUUGGGGUGUGCAUCCGGAGGGAGCUGUGCAGCGGGAUGAUGGAGGAGGAGGAACUGGAGUUCGUGGAGGAGCUGGAAGCCGUGCUGCAGCUCACACCCGACGUGCAGCUCGCCAUAGAGCAGGUGUUUCCGAGCCAGGACCCUCUGGAUCGAGCAGAUUUCAAUGCUGUGGAGUAUAUCAACACCCUGUUCCCCACAGAGCAAUCUCUGGCAAACAUAGACGAAGUCGUGAACAAGAUUAGACUGAAAAUAAGGAGACUGGAUGACAAUAUUCGAACUGUCGUGAGAGGUCAAACAAAUGUGGGGCAAGAUGGCAGGCAAGCACUUGAGGAGGCCCAAAAAGCAAUUCAGCAACUCUUCGGCAAAAUCAAAGAUAUCAAAGACAAGGCAGAAAAAUCAGAGCAAAUGGUUAAAGAAAUCACCCGGGAUAUUAAGCAGUUAGAUCACGCCAAACGCCACAUGACCACCUCCAUCACAACGCUGAACCACCUGCACAUGUUGGCGGGUGGCGUCGAUUCCCUCGAAGCCAUGACCAGGAGAAGACAGUAUGGAGAAGUUGCUAAUCUUCUUCAGGGAGUAAUGAAUGUCCUGGAGCACUUCCACAAGUACAUGGGAAUUCCACAGAUCCGGCAGCUUUCUGAAAGAGUGAAGGCUGCCCAGACUGAGUUAGGACAGCAAAUCCUGGCCGAUUUUGAAGAAGCAUUUCCUUCCCAGGGUACCAAGAGGCCAGGAGGACCCAGCAAUGUCCUACGAGACGCAUGUCUGGUUGCUAAUAUUUUGGACCCCAGAAUCAAACAGGAAAUCAUCAAGAAGUUUAUUAAACAGCAUCUCUCAGAGUAUCUAGUACUUUUUCAAGAAAACCAAGAUGUGGCCUGGCUGGACAAAAUUGACAGACGCUAUGCCUGGAUAAAACGCCAGCUCGUGGACUACGAGGAGAAAUACGGCCGAAUGUUUCCUCGUGAGUGGUACAUGACUGAGAGGAUUGCAGUAGAAUUUUGCCACAUCACAAGGACAGAACUUGCCAAGAUUAUGCGUACCAGAGCUAAGGAAAUUGAAGUGAAAUUGCUUCUUUUUGCUAUUCAGAGAACAACUAACUUUGAGGGAUUUCUUGCAAAACGCUUCUCUGGCUGCACUCUGGCAGAUGGAAGCCUGAAAAAACUUGAGUCUCCACCCCCAUCCACCAAUCCCUUCCUGGAAGAUGAGCCAACGCCAGAGAUGGAGGAACUGGCCAUGGAAAAAGGAGAUUUAGAUCAACCAAAGAAGCCUAAAGCCCCAGACAAUCCAUUUCACGGCAUUGUUUCCAAGUGUUUCGAGCCUCAUCUCUACGUGUAUAUUGAGUCCCAGGACAAAAACCUUGGAGAGCUGAUAGAUCGGUUUGUGACCGAUUUCAAAGCCCAGGGGCCCCCUAAGCCCAACACUGAUGAAGGGGGCGCCGUACUCCCCAGCUGUGCCGACCUCUUCGUCUACUACAAGAAGUGCAUGGUGCAGUGCUCGCAGCUCAGCACCGGGGAGCCCAUGAUCGCUCUGACCACCAUCUUCCAGAAGUACCUCCGAGAGUACGCCUGGAAAAUCCUCUCUGGCAACCUGCCCAAAACCACAAGCAGCAGUGGAGGGCUGACCAUCAGUAGCCUCCUCAAGGAAAAGGAGGGCUCAGAAGUAGCCAAGUUCACUUUAGAGGAACUCUGCCUCAUCUGCAGCAUCCUGAGCACGGCAGAAUACUGUCUGGCCACUACCCAGCAGCUAGAAGAAAAACUCAAAGAAAAAGUUGACAUAAGUCUGACUGAACGAAUCAAUCUGACUGGAGAAAUGGACACGUUCAGCACUGUCAUCUCUAGCAGCAUCCAGUUGUUGGUUCAGGACCUGGAUGCUGCCUGCGACCCUGCCCUGACGGCCAUGAGCAAGAUGCAGUGGCAGAAUGUGGAGCACGUUGGUGACCAGAGCCCCUAUGUCACCUCUGUCAUUCUUCACAUUAAGCAGAACGUCCCCAUCAUCCGUGACAACCUGGCUUCAACACGGAAAUACUUCACUCAGUUCUGCAUUAAAUUUGCAAACUCCUUCAUUCCCAAGUUCAUCACCCACCUCUUCAAGUGCAAGCCAAUUAGCAUGGUGGGAGCAGAACAGCUGCUGCUGGACACCCAUUCCCUGAAGAUGGUCCUGCUCGACCUGCCUUCCAUUGGCUCACAGGUGGUGAGGAAAGCACCUGCCAGUUACACUAAGAUUGUCGUGAAAGGCAUGACCCGGGCGGAGAUGAUCCUCAAGGUGGUGAUGGCCCCUCACGAGCCCUCAGUGGUGUUUGUUGACAACUACAUCAAACUCCUUUCGGACUGCAACACGGAAACCUUCCAGAAGAUACUGGACAUGAAGGGGCUGAAGCGCAGCGAGCAGAGCAGCAUGCUGGAACUCUUCCGCCAGAGGCUCCCCACCCCGCCCUCGGGGCCCGAAGGCUCCAGCUCUCUGUCCCUCUUGGCUCCCACGCCGGAACAGGAAUCAUCCCGCAUCCGCAAACUGGAGAAGCUAAUUAAAAAGAGACUGUAGGAGCACUGGCCAGCAGCCCUCAGCGCCCAGCCUCCUGGAAGCCCCCACCUCUCCUGCACUGACUCUGAUGCUCAGAUUGUGGAUCUUGACACUUCCCGGGACAGUGGAUUGUCAGUGUGCCUCCCCCACACCCUGUCUUAAUCCCUGUGCUAAUCGGAGAGGCCAAGUUAAGGGCCCGGUUACAAAAAGGCAGUUUCGACAACUCUUGUUCCGCAGCAGAGGUAGCACUGGGUGAGAGGACACUGUCGCAUGGGGCUGCUGUCAGCUGGUCCAGUUGUCACUGACUCUGUCUCCUCCCUCUGCUGUCACACCCCCUGGCCUGUGGCCCUCUUCCCUACCAUGUGCCUGUCCGGGCAGCGUGGGUGACCAAGCCUGGAUCUCACCCUCCCUCUGUCUGCCGCUGUUUGAGGCUGGCUCUCAGGGCCCCAGUCACAGGGGCAGGAAACCAGCCUUCCUUUGUGAGGGAAAUGGAAGCAGGGCCACUCUGCGGAGUGAAUCCCGGUGCUGGUACAUAUUUUGUUUCUGAUCCUUUUCAACUUGGCCAAGUUACCCUGUAUUCUCAUUUCUCAUGAGUCUCCAGUGCGCCCUGUCUGUACACCCAAGGGAAGACUUUCUCUGUGUCUCCCACGCAGGACCGGAUGUGUGAGGCCUGGGAAGAAGGUGCCGUCUGCCUCGGGCUCCCGGCCAGGGCGUGGGGCGGCCCCGCAUCUGCCUGGGGGAGAGGGUUCUGAGCUUGGCACGCACAGUGCAUGACGUGAGAAGGCUAUUUUCUCCCAUUCUGCUCCUGACUUCUAGGGGAGGGAUUGCCUUCUGUGUGGGGAAACCAGGAGGUUUUCCUAGAAAAAUGUUUCUAGGCUUUCUCCCCAGACGAAGCUCAGGGACAGCCCAGGGAGCCUCCCCCCUUGGGUGCACUCCCUAGCCGCCGUCCACUUUCAAACCCAAAGUCCUUUGCAGAAGUAUCUGAAAGCAGCAAAGGAGGUGCGGUGCCACAGUGACAUUACUUUAUCACUAAUGAAAAGGAAGCGAGCCCCAUGGGUCCUCAGGAACAGAACGCUGGCCGUACAAACUCAGAGCAGGCACAGCCCAGAAGGCCCCCUGGCCCAGCCGGCCGGCCCACCGUGGCUCCGGCCCACCGCGGGCUCCGGGCCAGCGCGGCUGUGCAGGAGGCACCGGCCUCUCGGAGCCGGUCAGUCCUCACGCACCACCCCGCGUCGGGGGGCAGGUCACAGUUGCCUGGCUCACCUGGUUCCCUGGAAACCAAGCCUCCGGCAGCUGCCCGUGACCUCGGGGUGACUGGCAGCUUCAGCAUUUGCUCAGGAAUUGUGAACAGUUUGUUGGCCCGGGUGGGCGAGGGCUGGGGAGGAGGGCGCAGAUUUUUACAGAGAACGCCUCAGGAUAAAACUGGGGCACCACAUAGCACUUGGCGCAGUGAAGUUCCCUAAACAUUCGUGAAAGUUGUGACAGCGAUACAGUAGGAAACUUCAAGGUUGGGAAAUCUGACCAGAAACUGACCAUUGCUCCCCUUCCUGUCGUCCCGCUAUCGGCUCCGCAGCCCCCCUGUCCCUGUCCAUCAGCCUGUCCCCCAGACUCCUCCCACCGGCCCGGGCCGCCCUCCUGGGCCGCAUUUCUCCAUCCGCCUCCAGCCUAGUGCUGGUCCGCCUGACUCACGUGCUGAGCAUCUCGGACUCGAGAACACCAAGAAGAAAAUAAGUGGUGGAAGAAAGAGGUGUAGCCUUUAGCUGAGCUCAAUUAGGGAAAGGCGGCUAAGGAGGAAAAGUGCAGGCAGGGUGGGGAGGGGGUGCAGAGAGCCCGGCAGCUCAGCAGGUGGGCUUCACUGUGCCCGCAGCCUCAGGUGAAGUUACAGACCCUGAGCCAGUUCUUCCCGCUUGUGCAGGAAGGGGCAGUGGGCCUGUCUCCGAAGGGCACAGUCACCUCAGCCCUCGGUCACAGCCCUGGGAAGCCCGUGGGCUGCCGCACCUGGUUCUCAUCACUCCCGGUGUCUGCAGACCCGCACUCUUUCUGGGUGGUUUGUAGGAGUCAUUUUCUGGGCGUCUCCAUAAUGGCAUUGAGAUGUCAGCCCUGUUUUCUGUAGGUUGGUGGUCAGCGCCAGGGAGGUUGCUCUCUUGGUUUGCUCCAGCGUCAGUAAUCUCCGAGGUGUCAGCACGUGUCUGAGGGAUGAGGGAGUUACAUGUUGAACGUCUCAUGAGGGGGUCUGAGUGCUCCUGUGUGCCCUGCAGGAGCCAAGGGCCUGCAUCAGGACCACCUGGGGCUCUGGGCAGAGCCUGGUGCCUGGAGAGUCUCCGUUUCUGGAGGGGUCCUGGCAUGGGGGGUUCCUUUGGUGAUUUAACGUUUACUCCUUAUUAAGAACCAUUGCAAUAGAGAGAAAUUUGCCUUAUUGAACGGUUCCUGUAGCACAUUUUUGUAAAUGUGUAUUUUUUCUGGCGCUCUAAGCAAGUGAAAGUACUGUGCAAUUGAACUGUGCCCAACGUGUUAAAGAUUCUUUGCUGAUAGCAGCCUUCAGUUAGAACUUGUGUUGAUAGCAGGGAUGAAGCCAGAGAAUGGGCUGUCCUCCCACUCGUUAGGAUUCUCCUUGUUUUGGCGAGCCAACCCCCAGAAGAAGUUUUAUUUAUUACUGUCACUUUGAAAUAACAUGUAAAGGAGCAGACAUUGACAAAAACGGUAGCUAAUGACUCUGUUAUUAAGCUAAACUUAGAUAUUGUUCAUUCCUCUGAGUGUCUGUAGCCCUUAAUGAAAAGUUUGAAGUCACUUUAUGUGGUGAGAAUAAAUACUGGUAAUUUACAAUUGA